CAACCUGCCUCAGGUCAGUGUCGCCACUCGUAGGAAAAAAGUAUUUAUGAGAAAUUAUUGUUUUUUUAACUACGCAUCACUGACUUUCAUUGUUAUGGCGCUGCUGUACGCCGAUACUGUCUACUGAUGUACGGAUGCGCAUUUUAAAUUUCAAAAAUGAUUUAUUUAUUGUUAAUUAAUUUUUACAGCGUUUGACUUUGUACUUUUAUAUAUAAAUUUUAAUUAUGAACAAUUCCAAAAGUAUUCCUUACCGCAAAUGUGGUGUGAAAUACUGUAAGAGCAGAAAUUCGGUACAUUCGACCAAUUUAAUUCGUUACUUCACGUUACCGAAGGAGUCCGAAAGACGUGCGAUGUGGAUUGAGAAUUGUGCUCUCGAAUUGGCUGGCAAAGACGUUAUCGUUAAAGAUGUUCGGAUAUGUCAGGAUCAUUUUGAAGACAAAAUGUUCCUGAAUGUUAAUCGUAAAAACAGGUUAACAGAUAAUGCUGUUCCUACCCUCUUUAACGACGAACGAUUAUUGGUUUUAGAUGACAUACUGGCUAAACGAGCAAGUCACAACGAAAUGGAGAGUCAUUUGGAUUUGUCUGCACCUUUUUGUCAGUUUAGAUUACUAGAAGAAACGACGUCAUUGGACAUGCAAGUAACAAACAGCCUGGCGGAAGAGAAAUGCGACUUGUGUCUAGAGUCGUUUACGUCUAAAGAGGGAUUGAAACAUCAUAUUAUAACAUCGCACAAUAGUAUUCCUACGAUCGAUGAAAGUUCAAUGAAACAAGAAGAAGAAAAUAGAAUUGAAGAUAAUAAUAUAAUCAAUGAGACCAAUAUUAAUUCGGGAAAAGAUGAAAUAAAAGAAUAUUGCGUUAAUUCGUUGAACAAAAAUGAAGACGCCAAACAUAUAGACAUCCAACAAACAAACGACUUGGUGGAUGAAAUAUGUGACAUGUGUCUGGAGUUGUUUACAUCUAAAAAGGAAUUGAAACAUCAUAUUACAACAUCGCACAAUGGUAUUUCUACGAUUGAUGAAGGUUUAAUAUCAACAGAAGAUGAAAAGGGAUUCAAAGUUACUGAUGAGAAAGUUAAAAUUGAAAUUAAAGACGAAACUGAUAUUUCUAACUGUCCUGUGGGCAAAAUAAAUGAAGAUAAUGAAGAAGAUAUAAAAGAGCAUUUUCAAGAAGCCUUAGUGAUAAAAACGAGUCCUACUUGCUUUGAAAAAUCAUAUAAUGUCUGUGAGACGGCUCAGAAUAAUUUUUAUAAAACAUCCGAUGAGAUUUCAUACAGUGUCAGAGAAACGUGCAGCGAAAGCAUAGUGAAAGUCGAAAUGGACCUAGUAGAUGGUCAUUAUUAUGAGUCUUUGAUAGAAAUUGAUAACAAUUUCCAAUUAGAUGAGCAAACAACAAGCUAUGAUUUGGACGAGGUUCAGCCAUUUGUCUGUGAUAUAUGUAAAAUGACAUUUGCUACCAAAAGGAGAGUGGCCAGACACAUAUAUCAAUCACAUAGUACACACCCAACAACACAGAAAAGCACUGGAAAACAAGUCGUCCAAAAUAAUUUCAUUGUCAAUCAUACGACUAACAAUGUGACCAAAGGAUGUACCGAAAACAUCAGCCGACGCUACAAUUGUGAUGUGUGUCGUAAGGAUUUUUCUUAUAAAUCCACCCUUGCAAACCAUAGACGUAUGCACACUGGUGAAAAACCUUAUAAAUGUUCAGUGUGCUCAAAAUCGUUUGCUCGAAAAUCCUACCUCAAAAACCAUUUAAUCAUUCACACUGAUGAAAAACCUUAUAAAUGUGUGGUGUGCUCAAAAUCGUUUUAUCGAAAAUCUAACCUCACUUCACACGAAGGCGUGCACAUUGCUAAUAAACCCUAUAAAUGUGGUAUAUGCUCAAAAUCAUUUUCUCAAAAAGUUGGCCUCAAAGAACACAUACCCGUGCACACUGGGGAAAAGCCAUUUAAAUGUGUCGUUUGCUCAAAGUCGUUUUCUCGAAAAGGCCCGUUCAAACUACACGAACGCGUGCACACAGGUGAAAAACCUUAUAGCUGUGAUGUAUGUUUAAAGUCGUUCUCCAAUAAGUCUGACUGCACAAAACACAAACGCCUACACACUAAUGAAAGGCCCUACAAAUGUGUUGUGUGCUCAAAAUCGUUUGCAUUGAAUCUCUACCUCAAACUACAUAAACGGGUGCACACUGGAGAAAAGCCCUACAAAUGUGAUGAGUGCCCAAAGUCAUUUGCUCGAAACACCCACCUCACAGGACACAAAAUCGUGCAUACUCGUGAAAAGCCUUAUAAAUGUGACGCAUGCUCUAUGCCUUUCUCUAAUAAGGUUGAGUUCGCAAAACACAAACGCUCACACACUGGUGGAAAGACAGCUCACAAAUGUCAUGUGUGUUUAAAAUCAUUUUUUCGAAAAUCCCAUUUUGCACUACACAGAUGCGUGCCCACUGCUCGAUGAGUUCUACAAAUGUAAUUAACCGCUUUUCAUUCAAUCAGUUUGUAAAUAAAUUGCGUUAAAUAGAGUAAUUGUAACUCAAUAGGCUAUGUAAGUGCAACUACUAGCGUUUAAUCGAGGCUAUUUAAUUUUAAUUAAAUUUAACUACAACCACUAGACGUAUAAGUGUUUUAACGUUAAACAAAAACAAAAAAUGUUCUAUGUAAUUAAGUUGAUGUACUUCUCUUAAUAAUGCAGACUUUUUUUAUUGAAUACAUGACAUUGUUAUUGUUUUUAUUA